GUGGCGCGGGGCGGGGCGGGGCCGGGCCCUGCCGCCCGCCCGCGGGGAGAGCAGCCGCCGUGCGGGCACCGAGCGCACCCCCGGCCCCCGCCGCAGCCCGAGCCCCGGGCGGCCGCGGCUGCUAUGCGGCUUCGCGGCGCACGGCCUCCACCGGGUUUGCGCCAACGCCUUCUGGAAGCCAAGCUGGCCGAGGACUAGGGACGCCUGGCCGCAAGUGGGGGGACUCCACGCUGACCCCAGGCUGCUGACCCCCCCGAAGGUGCCUGGUUGGCGGGCGAGGGGCGAUGUGCUGGGCUGCGGCCGCUGCCUGUUGAGCCUGGGGACUUUUCGGCACCUGCCCACAGCGUGCUCGCCGACAGCGGCAGCACCCUGAUCCCCACGAGCGACCCCGUGCCCGCAGCUCCCACCGGAACCCUUGAGUGAAGGAGACGUCGGGGCAAGGCUGAGGGGGGUCAGGGGGCACAUCCUUCUGCCCUGACCCGGCGGCAGCAGCGAUUCCUGCCCUGACACCCCCACGGCGCUGCAGACCCUCCGCUGCCCGUGCCCCCCCCGGGCCCCGGCAGCCCCCUUGCAGGGCUGCCCCCCCCGGCGCUGCCCAGCCUGGGCCUCCAGCCCCACUGGAGCGCGGCAGCCUGCCGGGUGCUGCCCCCCGCACCUCCGGGGCAUUGCCCCCCGGGUGCGUCGCCCCUCGCCCCCCCGGGGACCCACCGCCCGCCGGCAGAGCCAUGAAGCUGCAGGCGGUGAUGGAGAACCUGCAGCGGCAGCAGCGCGCACUGCUGCAGCAGGCACUGGAAGCGCGGCAGCAGGAGCAGCAGCAGCAGCGCUCCACACCUCCCCCGGCGCAGCCACCGCCGGCCCCGGGGCAGACCCCUGCCAGCACCCCGGCCCGGGGCCGUGGCCAGGAUCCGGCCCCAGCACCCCUGGAGGAGGGAGUGGAGCCUGAGAGCGCGCACAUCCAGCGGGCGCAGAUGGCUGCUCUGGCCGCCAUGCGGGCAGCCGCCGCCGGCCUCAGCCACUCGUCCAGCCCGGGGCUGUCGGAUGAGAGCCAGGCCUCCGAGGAGGAGGAAGAGGAGGAAGAGGAGCGCGGUGAAGAGGAGGAAGAGGAGGAUGGCGCAUACCAGCAGGAGAUGGGCUCAGAGGAGGAGGAGGAGGAGGAGGGCCUGAAGGGCAACUGGGUUGUAGACGACUUUGAGGAGGACCUGGGUGAGGAGGAAGAGGAAGAAGAGGAGGAGGAGGAAGAGGAAGACUAUGAGGAGGAGGAAGACAUGGGAGAAGAAGGGCUCAGCUCAGCAGAGGCGGUGCGGGCAGGCGCAGGAUCCUUGCUGCUCCGCAAGCCCCCGGCACCCCAGCACUACCGGGGCGAGCCGCAGCGGCUGCCGGGUGGGCAGGAGCGGGUCCCCUCCGGACUGGGCCACGCGCAGCCCCCGCCACCGGCACCUGACCAUGGCGACUGGACCUACGAGGAGCAGUUCAAGCAACUGUACGAGCUGGAUGGCGACCCCAGGAGGAAGGAGUUCCUGGACGACCUCUUCAGCUUCAUGCAGAAGCGAGGGACCCCCGUCAACCGGAUCCCCAUCAUGGCCAAGCAGGUGCUGGACCUGUACAUGCUGUACACGCUGGUGACGGAGAAGGGCGGCCUGGUGGAGGUGAUCAACAAGAAGCUGUGGCGGGAGAUCACCAAGGGGCUCAACCUGCCCACCUCCAUCACCAGCGCUGCCUUCACCCUGCGCACCCAGUACAUGAAGUACCUGUACCCCUACGAAUGUGAGAAGCGAGGGCUGAGCAACCCCAACGAGCUGCAGGCGGCCAUCGACAGCAACCGGCGGGAGGGCCGCCGGCAGGGCUUCGGCAGCUCCCUCUUCACCUACUCGCCCGGCGGCACCCACGGCCUCCUCUCCUCCCCCAAGCUGCCGGUGCCAGCGUUGGGGCUGGCCUCCGCCACCAACGGCGGGUCCAUUGCUCCUGUCCAGAAGAUCAAGAAAGAGGAGGACUCCCCCAUCCCCAUCUCCAUGCCCAGCCGGCUCCCGGUCUCGCUGGCUGGCCACCCGGUGGUGGCAGCCCAGGCGGCUGCGGUGCAGGUGGCAGCAGCCGCCCAAGCCGCGGCCCUGGAGCAGCUGCGGGAGAAGCUGGAGUCGGGGGAGCCCCCGGAGAAGAAGAUGGCGCUGGUGACAGAUGAGCAGCAGCGGCUGAUGCAGCGGGCGCUGCAGCAGAACCUCCUGGCCAUGACGGCCCAGCUGCCCAUGAGCAUCCGAAUCAACAGCCAGGGCACCCGCUCGCCAGAGAACCGUCAGGACUCCACUGCCGGCCUGAGCAGCAACGGCACCAACAGCAUCAGCAUGUCAGUUGAGAUCAACGGUAUCGUCUACACAGGUGUGCUGUUCGCCCAGACGCCCGGCCCUUCCUCCUCCUCUUCCUCCUCCUCCUCCUCGCUCCCCUCCUCUGCCUACAGCAAAGGCAAUGGCAGCAGCGGUGGCAGCCGGAGCAGUGGCAGCGGUGGCAGCGGCGGGGUGGGGAGCAGCGGCGGUGGCAGUGGUGGCAGCGUCCCCCCUGCAGCCCCGGCCAGCCUGGCCGUGCCCCCCAGCUCUACCUCCAACAACACUUCGCCUUAACGCCCCUGGCCCCCCGGCCCCUUCCCCUCGCCAACGCCAGCAGCCGCGGUGAGGGGGCAGAGCUCGCCCUGCAUCGCCGGGGCGCGGUGGGCUGGGGUCUCGCCGGGCUGGGGUCUCGCCGGGCUGGGGUCUCGCCGGGCUCUGCCCUUGUUCUCCUGUUGUUGGGUUUUCCUUUGCCAGGCAGAAAAGCUUUAGCCAGGGGGGUUUUGUCGGAGCCGCCGGCUGUCCUGCUGCGCCGCUCUGGUCCAGGACCGUUUUACCUCACUCACAUCACACUUUGCACUGUACAUUUAUUAUUAUUAUUAUUAUUUUUUAACUCGUGUUACCUCCAGACAGACGCACGGACGCCUGCUGACGCGAGCUUUAGUGAAACCCCCCGGCACUCUCUUAACAGAAAAAAAAAAGAUAAAAAAAAAAAAAAUAAUUGGAAAUCGGGAGAUAUUUUAUUCAUUUAGAUCCUUUUCCCUCCCCCUUUAUUUUGAGAACUACACUCACUAUAUGGGAUUUUAAGAGGUUGUUGUUUGAUUGUUUUGUUGUAAAUAGCUUCUAUUUUAUUCUCUAAAAAGAAAAGAAGAGAAAAGAAUCAAACUUUAACAUGCAAAUGAUAUAUAUUAGUGUUCAUCAGGGAAACGGGAGCUUGGAAACCGCCUGACCUCCUUUCUCCUCUCACUGUCGGUGGCCGACUCCAGCUCUGCUCCUUCCCCUGGGAACCCUGCGGGCACCCCAAGACCCCCAGGGGUUUGUAUGGGGCUGGGGGGUCUCAUCCUGGUGGGGCUGUGCCAGCAGCUGGCAGGGCUGGCAGCCCCCCAGCACGGGCAACCUGCCUGCACCCCGCAGCCUCCAGCCUCCUCCGGUCUCUGUGCAGGGGCUGGGGGUCUGUGCCCACCUUUGGGGGUCCUGCAAUGGGGGGUGGGCAACAUGCUGUUCCCCUGCCCAUCCCACCUGGCCGGCGCAUCCUUGGGAACUCGCUGCUUUUGGGCUGUUGCUUCACUGGAGAAAAUUGAGCCCAAAGCCAUUGCCCUCCCCCCCGCCUCGCCAAACCCCCAACCCACACCGGGGGGGGGGGGGGUCCGACAUGGAACCACAGCAGCGAUUUGGGCUGAUUUGCUCAUCCAAGGCAGCAUCCCCCCCCUGCACCCCCCCACCAUCCCCAUGGGGUAAAGGGGGGCAAGCAGGGCCAGGAGCUGGGCUGCACUGGCAAUUUUUAUUUUUAUCCCCCCCCCAAUACUACUGUGCAGAGCCAAUUUGGGUGUAUUUUUCUCCAAAAAGCAGCAGUUUAGCGAGAGCAGGAUCCGGCCAAUGUAUGGGGGGGUUCUAUAGGGGACCGGUGUAAAAUAUUCAAUUUAGCAAUGGGAUGCAGGAGCCCAUAUCCAUGAUGGUAAUUUUUUUUUUUUUUUGGGGGGGGGGGGCUGUGGGAUGCUCCGGAGGUCCCGAAGGAUGCUCAUCCUUCAGGACCUCCAGAGCAUCCCGCAGCCCCAGCCUUGAGCAUUUAUUUUAAGCAUCAUUAUCUCUCCAGCCGGCCAGGUUUCAUUUCUUUUGCAAUUUUUUAGCCUUUUUUCUGUGUCCCCCCCCCCCACCCCCUUCCAAAACGUUCACCCACAUCUGCGUGAGACACAAUCGCGAUCCGAUACCGACACCACCCCCCCCCCCCCAAUACAACUCGGUAUCUCAGUUCCUCAGGUUUUAGCCUCGAGCACAGGGUUCCUUUCCCCCCUUCCCCAGGUGCCUGGGGGGGUCCCUUGCUGGUGGGACACCCCCCCCCCCUUUUUUUUUUUUUGCUUGGGGAAGUGGCGAUCUCAGGGGAUUUGGGGUUUUUCCAGCUUUCUCACCCCCACCCCCCUCCAGCCUUUUUUCCCCCCUCUCCAGAGCUGGAAAUGCCCUUUGGUGGCUCCGUGGACCCCCGUCUUUUUUUUGGGGGGGGGCCACGGGGUCUCUGUCCGGCUUCUGCUGCUGUUAGGAUCCAGCCCAGCUCCCCGGAAGGAGAAAUCCCAGGGGGAGGUUUCUUGUGCCCAGGGUGGGCGUUAGAUUUUCUUAGCGAGUUUUUGCAUUUGUACAGUCACUGUUUUGGGUUGGUUUUUUUUUUUUUUUUAAUUAUUUUUAUUCCCCCCUCCUUCCUCUUCCCUCCCCCUCUUUUUUUUUUUUUGAGAGCGUAUUACCUUCCACUUUAUUUUUCUUUUUGCAUAUCGAUUUAAAAAAAAGAAAAAAAGAAAAAAAAAAAGCCUAAAUCAGUUUCUCUGGGGUUUGGAAAGAAAAAAAAGGAACGGACACAGCUGCAGAUGCAUUUACCCAGCAUGCAUAUCUUAACUCAGGUAAAAAAUGAAAAAGAAAAAAAACCACAAAAGACAAAAAAAAGAAAAAGAAUAAAAACCACAUUCUACCUCUGAGAGCGGCGGCCUCGGGCGCACCCAGGCCCCCGGUGAAAUAUUUCAGUUUUGCAAACAUUCAGGUAUUGAAACUUUUGAUUAUUAUUAAAAAAAAAAAAGAUAAAAUAAAAUAAAAA